UCAAAAUUUCACGGAUUUAUCUAGCGUGAACUCUAUAACGUGUGUCGUUUUUUUCCUUUGGUCAUCAUUUCAAGAUCAUCGUAAAUAAAAUCGUCGCUUGUUGGUCUUCUAGUAUGCAUAGAAUUCAGUGAGAGCACUAAAACUGUGAUGUUACAUUUGUGAAAAAAAAUAUAAGUAAUCGGUUCGCGUCAGCAAUUAGCAAAUUUGAAAGUAAAGUGAUCCAUGAUAACGUUAAGGCGUAAGCACGCAGGACGCGGCACUGCUUGAAAAGAAACCACGUGAGAGGAAAUGACCAAUUGUCUCGCAAUAUUAUUCCUAUGUUAUUCUGCAAUAAAUGUUCGGCACUUGAUAGCAUGCGUCUCUCAUCUACGCUGAAGCAAUAAGGAGGUGAGCGUGUCUGAAAACAUAACAUCUUCCAAUAACAUCUAGUAAAAAAGAAUAAAUGUUUAUCUUUUAUAUAAUGCUUCUAUCCAAUUAUGCCACUGACAGAAUUAACGAUAGAAAUGAUCAAAUUUAAAGUACACCUUAAAUUAUAAUAAAUAAAACUACAAGGCAAGAUAUUAUUAGAUGAUCAAGAUAUCGUAAUCUCUGUGGUUGACGAAACCAAUCAGUGUUGCGAGAGUAACUGCGAAGAAACGGGAAGUUGGGAUUGUUUUUUCUAUUACUAGUGUUACCCGAGUUGGAAAUGUAAGACUAUACUACAUUAGAGAGACAGAGAGCGCAAUCCGCUUUCUUCACAUCUCACAAUCACAGCGAUGUCAUAGCGAUAACAUUGUGUCAUAUAUAUGAUUCUUCCAGUAUAUUAUUGUAGAGUUCACCGGUCACGUAUUGUUCUCUAGUUGUUGUUCACGCGUUACCAUGCUCUGUGAGCUCCAGUGCUAUUAAUUCUUGUACGAUUCGGUGGAACUUUCUUUCGUUCGACACGACGAGAAAUUAAUAAAGUCUUUAUUUUGUAACUCCAAUAAUUAAUAUGUCUGAAAAUAAUGCCGAAAUUUUCACGUUAUAUCUACGAACUCUUCACGGCAGAAAUCAAGUGUUAAAUAUCGUAGCAAAUCUUCCAAAAUUGCUUACUAUAUCGGCUCCACUCAACAAUACCAGGAAACAUCUUAACAUCUUUAAAAGUCAAAUAACUUACUGUAUAUCGAUAGAGAACCUUUUAGAUGUUAUAUCACUAUUCUCUUGGAUUCGCUCGUCCGGAUGGGGAAGUAAGGAACCUGAUCAUUUUAUCAGAUGUUGCAAUGUGAUCAUAAAUGCGAUGAUGGUAUUUAAUCAGGCAAUAAGCCAUAUCAUUUGGGCUGACAAACAUAAUAUUCUAACGAUUAAUGUCGAUAAGUGGAAUCCUGUUGCUGCUUGUUUUGCGAUAGGUACUUCCAAUAUCGACUUUUUGAGAUCUUUUAGAAGGAUUAAAGUGAUUCGAGAGAUACACAAAUUAAAGCAAGACGAAAAUAACAAUUACAAACUAUUGAUCAGUAGGCGUAAACGCCAUUAUACUUUUUGCGAACGAAAGAUCGACCAACAAGCCGAGAAAAAAAAAGUCAACUACCUGAUAGUAAAUGAGGCAAUGACAUGUAUGCGCGUUACACUGCAAACUAUUUGCUUCAUUAAUUAUUUACCGAAUGGCAUUCUCUGGGGAGGUCGUUUAAUGAAAUGGCAACUUGGAGCACUUGGUAUUAUAUCAUCAUUAAUACAUUCUUAUCAAUUUUAUAAGUUUAACUCAAUCGUGAACUAUGACGAUUAUACAUCGCAUACACGCAAAUUAAAUACUAAAUAAACAAAGUCAUGUUGCGAAAAGUGUCUGUAUGCUUAUAUGGUUAAACUAAGAAUGUUUCUAGGAUUUUAUAUAUUGACUAAUCAUUUUAAACAAAUUAAAUAUCCAUAAAAAUAUUAUAAAAAGGCAAUUUAUAAAAAUAAUCACAAAUUUAUAGAAAUAUAUUUAGGCACUGUCUGUGUGUAUAUGCAAAUGUAUGUAUGAUAAUGUAUGAAUUCUAUAUAUGUACUUACAUACACAUAAAUUUGUAUUAUUAUCUAUUUGAAAAACUAGUUUUUAUAUAUAUUAAUCUAUGUAAAAUAACUUUUAUGAAU